UGUUUACCCCUUUAAAACAGUGAUGUGGAGACAAGCUCAGAUAUCCAGGUGGAGUUAUGAAACAGAGAGCCCUUAUAUAAGCCAAACCUCUGGCCACAAGAGCUUUGCGAGAGACUGAACUUCUACCAAGACUGCCUCUUUCCAGUUUUCAGGUGAGAGUCUCCAGAAUGUUCCGGAUUUUAGCUGUCCUCUGUGCACUGGCAACAUGCUGGGCGCAGGAUUGCACCGUGGCCAACAUCAAAGUGAUGCAGAAUUUUGACAGACAGAAGUACACUGGGACAUGGUAUGCUGUGGCCAAAAAGGAUCCAUUGGGACUCUUCCUGCUUGAUAACAUUGUGGCUACGUUUACACUGAAAGAGCCUGGAAUAAUGGAAGCUUCAGCCAAGGGCAGAGUGAUCAUCUUGAAUAACUGGGAGCUUUGUGCAAAGAUGCAUGCUACUUUUGAGGACACCGCAGACCCUGCAAAGUUCAAAAUGAAAUACUGGGGAGCUGCUGCUCAUCUUCAGACUGGAUAUGAUGACCACUGGGUCAUUGACACCGACUACGAAAACUACGCCAUCCACUACUCCUGCCGUCAGGUGGACACUGAUGGCACCUGCCUGGACAGCUAUUCCUUCAUCUUCUCCCGCCACCCCGCUGGCCUGAGAAUGGAGGACCAGAAGAUUGUCCUCCAGAAAAAGCAGGACCUCUGCUUGUUUGGCAAAUACAGGCGUGUUGCUCACAAUGGCUACUGUGAUUCCACCGCCUAAUUCAGCACUACCAAAGAAGAGACUUCAAGUCACAAAUAAAACUCCAAAUGUUUGUACAAAAUGUACUUGAAAUCAAUAACAGUAACAUAUUAGAAAAAGAAAUGGCUUUAGCAUUACAGUAAGAACUGCCUCGUGCCUGUGCAACUGGCUAGCUGAGCUUCACCUGGAAACCAAGAAAUUCUCCCAGCCAUGAAACUUACUCAAAAGCAGCUUUAUGUCUUUGUGUGCAAUGUAUUCUGGAACCACUUUGUAAAAUAAAAUAUUGAAACGGUAUGAAAA